AUGUCGCGGCAAGAGAAUCCAAGACGACUGACUCUUCAAUUUCCUUCAUUUACUCUACUUGAAUAUAGCAAUUUACUCAAAGCAAAUACAAAUUUUGUUAUUUAUUUAGUUUGCUAUUUACCAACAGCUCAUAGAUACACCUGCUUGCUUAUGAACUUACCAAUGUCGUAUCAAGAAUCACUUCGUGUCAAUGCUGUGGAAGAGACGAAAGUUGUGAUUUCAAUGAAGAGCCGUCACAAACAUUAUUACCAAGUUUUAACUCUAGCUAAACAAGAAAGAAGCAAGAAAGAAAGCUUUUAUCGGUUAAAGGCAAUCGAGUCAGAAUUUAUGUUUUUGGUGCACAAGGAAAAUAAAAGCACAGUCGUGACCCUUAAAAUUAGCAGAGAAGUAAAAAUUGGGUGCGGCGUAGUUUUUAAAGCCCAUUACGAUUGUAUCCAAAUGAAUUUGGUUGGCGUUGUUGUUCUUGAUGUUAUUAGAUAUAAUCAGGGCAUCGGACUAUCUGAAUAUCAUGCGAGUCAUUUUAAGCAUGAAGAAUUUUCACCUAAAUGA